AUGUUGACAGGUGAAACUGCAAAACAAUUAAUACAAGAGGCGACACAUAUACGACAACGGGCUUACUGUCCGUAUUCGAACUUCGCAGUGGGAGCCGCGAUCCUUACAGAAGAGGACGAACGAGUAUACACGGGAUGCAACAUAGAAAGUUCGACACUCACUCCUAGUAUAUGCGCGGAAAGAGCCGCGGUACCAAGGGCUGUUUGUGAGGGAUACACAAAAUUUAAAAUGGUUGCAGUGGUGGCACAUCAAAAGGGUACAUUCACUGCCCCCUGUGGCGUCUGCAGACAGGUCUUGAGCGAGUUCUGCAGCUCAGAUGGAGACAUCGAAAUCUAUCUCAGCAAACCCACCAUGGACAAAAUCUUGUGCACCAAAAUAUCCAAACUAUUACCUCUUUCAUUCGUGAGUUACAAAAUAGACAGUGUAACAUAA